AUGAACCGACUUGUGAAUGCGCUCAUCCUUAUCAUGAGCUCGGGAUGGAUAGCCCACAGUUUGCACGAUCGGUGCAUGGUCUAUUCAUUUGACAAUAUCGAACCAUCGGCCAACCUCACAUGGACACCGUGUUUCGAUGCCUUUGGCUGCUCUAGACUGGAAGUUCCUUUGGACUAUUCAAACAGGAGUCUUGGCACAACGUCGAUUGCCCUCAUCAAGGUGGCUGGCAAAACUGCCACCGCUGAGUCUCCAACCAUUGUGAUCAACCCUGGCGGUCCGGGUGGUUCUGGUGUCGACCUAGUCCUCACAUAUCAGAAUCUUCUCGGGCAGGUAUUUGGAGAGCAGUACAACUUCGUCUCCUUUGACCCUCGCGGUGUGAACAACAGUGGCUUGCAUCUCGACUGCUUCUCAAAGGACGCAACAGCAAGAUCAGCUUUCUAUCGACUGCAUAGGACCGGCGCCACCAAUAUCUCAUCAACAUCGCUUGAGGAGCAGUACUAUUCCAGCUCUAUCUACGGCGAGUGGUGUAACAAUGCGGUGGAGAACAAUUCACCCCAUUCAUAUUAUGUGACGACGCCAGCCGUUGCACAUGAUUUGCUCACAUUUAUCGAAGCCGAGGCCGAGAUGAACGGCCAGUCACCAUCUAACGCCAAGCUAUGGAGCUAUAGCAUCAGUUAUGGCACUGUCAUUGGAAGCACUUUCGCUUCUAUGUUUCCUGACCGCGUGGGGAGAAUGAUCCUCGAUGGUGUUCUGAACGCCGAGCAAUACUAUAACAACUAUUGGACGGACAAUGCGGAUCAAAUGGACGAGGCCAUGGAAACCUUCUCGACCUUCUGUCAUUCCGCAGGCGCUGCAAAGUGCUCCUUCUGGGGACCCACCCCAGCUAACAUCACGGCAAGAAUGAACAGCAUCAUCCGUCAGCUUCAGAACCAUCCAGUCCCGCUAAGCGGCAUCAGCGAUCCAGACCUGCCGACAAUGGUCACUUAUUCAGACCUAAAGUCUCUUUUUCUCAACACAAUCUACACCCCAUUGUCAAGCUUUCCCGGCAUGGCUGACAUCCUACACCAGGCCGAGCGUGGGAAUUUCUCUGCUCUCGCGGGUGUGUAUGAUGAGUCAAACGCUAUAACCGAUGCCCGUCUUGCCAUUACAUGCACCGAUUCGUAUCGCAGAAACAGGCUUACUACCAUUGAAGAGUUCAAGAUGUGGGCGGAGUACAUGACUUCCAAGAGCAAGUACAUCGGUGAUAUCUACCCCACCUAUCUGGAAGGUAUCUUAUGCCGAUCAUUCCGGCCGCACUUGCCUGAUAGCAUGGUGGUUCACGGCGAAAUAAGCGCACUAAAACGGCCUACGUCCUUCCCGAUCGUCUUUACGAGUAAUACCAUCGACCCUAUUACACCGUUGCAAUCGGCGCGGAAGAUUUCCUCUCGGUUUGCCGGAUCGGUUCUGUUAAUGCAAGAAGCCGUUGGUGCUUACUCGCGGGACGUUUUAUUCAGCAUACGGUCAUCGACCAGGGGGGCUCAGACUGUUACUUUGAACAUAUCCAGGCAUACCUCCAGGGCACUGUUCCAGCGUCCAACACUACAUGCCCGCGACAGUACAUUCCUUUCAUAG